UGCGCAUAUCUGUGCCCGCAGCCACAGGUUGCUCACCUGUACCUCCAGCUCCGCGCUGCCAUACCGACACUGUUUCCCGGUGUAAAGGAACGAAGCCCGCGCGGCGGAAAACUCCGCCUGCCUGACGUCACCAGGGACCGCAUUCGGGUCGUGACUCCAAACGCAGCGCUGAUCCCCGCAGCGGAGCGGCGCUGACAGGUGAGGCACCGGCGGAGCGCCACGUCAACCAAAACCAUCCCUGCAGGGCGGCUGGCUGCGCGGCGGAACCAUGCUGGACCCCUCCUCUAGCGAAGACUCGGGCGGAGAGUCCGACCCAGAAGUUACCCAAGAGCCUCUGGAGAAACCCAGCGGCUUCUCGGUGGCAGGGAGGCGGGGAAACAUCGGACGGACUGGCGGCCAGCAGCUGCAGGCUGCCGCGGCUGGAGGGACCCCCGGUAGAGGGGCCAAGGACCCCCCCUCUGCAGGUGACGAUGAGGAGAGGAAGGAGCGCGAGCGCGUUGAGAAGGAGGAGAAGGAGAGGAGGAUCAAGCUGCAGAUCUAUGUGUUUGUUCUGCGCUGCAUUUCCUACCCGUUCAACGCCAAGCAGCCCACCGACAUGGCCCGCAGGCAGCAGAAGGUUAACAAGCAGCAGCUGCAGACAGUCAAGGAGCGCUUCCUGGCCUUUCUCAACGGUGAAACUCAGAUUGUGGCUGAUGAAGCUUUCUGCAAUGCUGUGAGGAGCUACUAUGAGGGCUUCCUAAAGAGUGAGCGAGUUUCCCGAAUGGUUCAAGGCGGCGGCUGCUCAGCCAACGACUUCCGUGAGGUUUUUAAGAAAAACAUUGAGCGCCGGGUGCGCAGCCUUCCAGAGAUCGACGGCCUGAGUAAAGAGACGGUGCUGAGCUCCUGGAUCACCAAGUAUGAUGCCAUCUACCGUGGGGAGGAAGACAUGCGCCGCCAACCACAGCGGGUGCAUCUGAGCGCCGCGUCAGAGCUGAUCCUCAGUAAAGAGCAGCUGUAUGACAUGUUCCAGCAGAUACUGGGCGUCCGCAAGUUUGAGCACCAACUGCUCUACAAUGCCUGUCAGCUUGACAACGUGGAUGAACAAGCUGCUCAGAUCCGCAGAGAGCUGGACGGUCGGUUACAGCUGGCUGAGAAGGUUGCCAAGGAAAGGAGAUACCCUCGCUUUAUCUCUGCUGACAUGGAGGCUCUGUACGUGGACGAGCUGCGUUCUUCUGUCAACUUGCUGAUGGCUAACCUGGAAAGCCUGCCAGUGUCUAAAGGAGGACCGGACUUCAAGCAGAAACUUAAGCGCUCCUCCAUGAAUAACUCCUUCUUGGAUUUGGGGGAUGAAGGAGACAUCCUGUCCAAAUCGGAUGUUGUGCUGUCCUUUAAUCUGGAGGUUGUUAUCGUUGAGGUCCAGGGGCUGAAGUCUGUGGCUCCAAACCGGAUUGUCUACUGCACCAUGGAGGUGGAGGGGGGGCAGAAGCUGCAGACUGACCAAGCAGAAGCCUCCAGACCACAGUGGGGAACUCAGGGAGACUUCAGCACCCCCCAUCCGCUGCCUCAGGUCAAAGUCAAGCUGUUCACAGAGAGCACCGGAGUCCUGGCUCUGGAGGACAAGGAGCUGGGCAGGGUGGUCCUGAACCCCACCACUGGCGGCCCAAAGCAGGCAGACUUCCACAGGAUGGCGGUCCCUAAGAACAGCCAGGAUGCAGAUCUGAGGAUCAAGCUGGCGGUCCGCAUGGACAAACCCCCCAACAUGAAGCACAGCGGGUACCUGUAUGCUGCUGGGCAGAAAGUCUGGAAACGCUGGAAGAAAAGAUAUUUUGUCCUGGUUCAGGUCAGUCAGUACACGUUUGCGAUGUGCAGCUACAGGGAGAGGAAGGCGGAGCCUCAGGAGCUGAUGCAGCUGGAGGGCUACACUGUGGAUUACUGCGACCCUCAGACAGGACUGCAGGGUGGUCGGAUGUUUUUUAACGCAGUAAAGGAGGGCGACCUGGUGACCUUCGCCUGUGAUGACGAACAGGACCGAGUGCUGUGGGUGCAAGCUAUAUACAGAGCCACCGGCCAGUCGUAUAAACCAACCCCCCCGCUACUCAACAAAACUUCAAACUGCAGAGAAGGAACCAUGAAACCACAAUCCAUCAGUCUGGAUCCAUCUCAGCGUCAGGGUGUGGAGGAUCUGAUUUCUGCAGCGCCCAUCAGCUUUGACCACGCUGCUCUGUUCAGCAUCCUACAGAAACUAACUCUGCAACACCGCAUGAAUGACUCCUUCUCCUGCCUGGGUUGGUUCAGUCCCGGCCAGGUGUUUGUCCUGGAUGAGUACUGCGCCCGGUACGGGGUCCGAGGCUGCCACCGCCACCUGAGCUACCUGAGGGACUUGAUGGAGUACGCGGAGAACAGCGCGCUGGUCGACCCCAUGCUGCUUCACUACAGCUACGCUUUCUGUGCCUCACAUAUCCAUGGAAACAGGCCUGACGGGACGGGGACAGUCACCGUGGAGGAGAAGGAGCAGUUUGAGGCCGUCAGAAGCCGCCUCAUUCUUUUGUUGGAGAACCAGAUCACUCACUUCAGGUACUGCUUUCCCUUUGGACGACCAGAUGGGGCCUUGAAAGCAACACUUUCGCUUCUGGAACGAGUUCUGAUGAAAGACAUCAGCACAGCUGCUCCAUCAGAGGAGGCAAAGAGACGCGUCCAGAGAUGUUUGGAGAAGGCUGCUCAGAUCAACUACAGUCAGCUGAUGGAUUACGCUCAGAUCCACGUGGAUCCAGAAGAAGCUCCGGAGAAAAGACUGGAGGACAUGCUGAGGCUGGGCGAACUGUGCAUCGAAGUCCUGCAGCAGAAUGAGGAGCAUCAUGCUGAGGCUUUCUCCUGGUGGCCAGAGCUGAUGGCCGAACACGCCGAGACAUUUCUGUCUCUGUACGGAGCCCACAUGGAUUCUGCUCUGCAGGUGCAGCCGGUCGAUUCCUGGAACAGCUUCCCUGUAUUUCAGCUCCUCAACAACUUCCUCCGCUCAGAUCGUAAGUGUGUGGGUGUGGAACUGUUUCACUGUUUCUCUCUCUGCUCUUCUCUCUCCUCUGUUUUGUCUUCUUGUACUUCAUCAAACCAUCACUUUCACUGGUUUGGCCCCAGCAGACUGUUAACUAACAAUCUAGCCAACGUUCCUCUCCCUAAAGUCCCCAGCCUUCCCCUCACGCUGCCACAGAUGCCUAGCUUCUCGGUACCUGCCUGGAUGGGACCUCUCUGUGAGAACACCAACGGAUCGGCCACCUCCGAGGAUUUAUUCUGGAAGCUGGACGCUCUGCAGAUGUUUGUGAUGGAUCUCCAGUGGCCAGAGCCAGAGUUCGCCAAACAUCUGGAGCAAAGACUCAAACUGAUGGCCAGCGACAUGAUGGACGCCUGCGUCAAACGGACAAAAUCUGCCUUUGAUGCCAGAAUUCAGAAGGCGAGUAAAUCCACGGAUCUGCGGGUGCCGCUGUCGGUCUGCACCAUGUUCAACGUGCUGCUGGAUGCCAGGAAGCAGAGCUCAAAACUCUGUGAGCUGGACUUCAGUCAGGAGAGUGACAUACAAUGGUUCAUGGCGGUGUUAGACGGCGUCCUCUCCAAGCUCUCCAGGUACGAUGAAGGGACCUUCUUCUCCUCCAUCCUCUCCCUCACAAAACCAGGGAUGGACCUGGCAGACACCUACAUCGUUUUUGUUCGGCAGAACCAGGACAUCCUUCGAGACGGCAUCAACGACGAAGUCUGCAUCGAAAAAGUGUUUGAUCAGUGGUAUUCCAGCUCCAUGAGGGCCGUGUGCGUCUGGCUGACCGACAGGCUGGACCUGCAGCUCCAUGUUUACCAGCUCAAAGUCCUCAUCAAGAUAGUGAAGAAGACGUACCGGGACUUCAGGCUGCAGGGCGUGCUGGACGCCACGCUCAACAACAACAGCUACGAGACCGUGUCCAAGCGGCUGAGGAUGGAGGAGGCCACGGCGGCGGUGAAGGGAGGCGACGGCCUGCAGGGCAUCAGCAUGAGGGACAGCGACGAGGACGACGACUGAAGCUCCUCCCGCUGAACUCCUGAAAAC